UUGGGAGAGGUCAAGAAAGAAGCAGCAUUGGUGAUUAAAGACGCUAGAACUCGGAUUACAGAACUGAAUGCCUCAAUUCAGAAGUGGGAACAGUUCGAAACAUUAUUGGCGAAGUUUCGCGAAUGGCAUGACCAUGUUGAUGUCAUUCUUUCAUGUCGUGCUUCUGACGACGUGUCUGCUUUAGACGUUCCAGAUGAAUAUAAGAAUUUACAACGGGAAUUUGAUCAAUAUGAAAGUCAGAUUAAGUCUUGGAAGGAGUUACCGAAAGCGAAGACAGACUUGAUGAGCUCCUCAAACCGGUUUCAGCUUCAGCUUGGCCACAUAGAACAACAGUUUGAAGCACUGACUGAGAGAUUCAAUGAAUACAAACAACCAAAUGGUCUUGAAACUAAGGUAGAACGAGUGGAAAGGGAUAUUAGUGGCAUAGAAAGUAACGUAAGGGAGUUGUCAGUUGUUUCGGCCGAUUCCUGUUCUGCUGCACUAGAUCAUGCUAAGCAAAUUGCACUACAAGUUCAAAAAAUCAGAACAGAUAUACAAGAAUUGAAAGAUUCAAAGAACGCUUUAUUAAAAGAUCGUUUAUUAACUGAAGCGUGCGCAGAAAAGAUGGACAGCAAAAUUACUGGCUUUUGUGAGCGAACUGAUAGUCUUGAGAAUAAGAAUGCAAAAACAAUCGAUCGUUUGAAAAGCUGCAUCCCGCUUAUUGGUCGUCUUGAUGAUAAUCUUAAGGAGAUUGACAAAGUAAUUGAUAACGUUGAAUCAAAACUAGAUCUUUUUACUCAGUCUGAUGGCGUGGAUAACGCUGAGGUCGACCAGUCGGCUCUAGAAGCUUUACAAAAUGAUUUGAACAGGAAUGAGACGUCAUUGUCAACGGCCGAAGAGAUUGCUAAGAAUCUAAAGAGAGAAUCAGUGAAAUUUAACGACGAUUUAAUUGAGCAGCGUUGGAGACGGAUUCGAAGGACUCAUGCAGAUCUUCGUUCGUGGAUUGAUGCAGUCAAGGGAAUGGCUGAAGACAGCGCAUCAAAUCUGGCUCAAUUUGAUACUGUUUAUGCUCGGUUUAUUAAAAUACUUGAUACUGCAGAAGAGCUUGAUGACAUGCAUGAUUUAAUCUCUGAAUUGGACAAGAAUCGAGCUGAGAAGGGAUUGCUUCUUGAGAAGUACAGACGAUUAAUCAAAACUAAUCCUGAUGUUGAGUCCAAAUUUAGUCUCUCUUUAUGUCAGGUUGAAGAACGAUGGAAUAGAUUAGAAGAGAAGGCUCAGAAGUCUCGUUUUUCGGUUCCUCCACCUCAGUUCCCUAGCGCACUUCCAGAUCUCAAGAUUGUUGGUUCCUUCCAGCAGAAGGUAGCAACGUUUCAUGAGGUUUUCACAGUCGCGAAGAAUUACAUUGAUUUCAAUAAAUAUCCAGUUACAUCAGUUCCAGAAUGGGCAGAUCGCAUUCAGACAGUCAACAAUUGGCUUCUUAAUUACGGAGAUGAAAUGAAAGCUAUGUUGGAGGAAGGUAGAAGGAUCGCGAGCAGAGGUCGAAUGGAGCUGGAAGUUCAUGAUGCUCUAGAAAGCCUUGAUAACGUGGUGGAUCUCGCAAAUGAGGUAGAAUUGUCAAUAAAAUCAAACAGUGCCUUGUUACUUCCAUUGCAAGCCAAAGCGGAAGCUCUUUCAAGGGAAAUUCGUGUUAUGAAAGAGGUUUUGGAUAAAUUGGCUGCUCGUGACCUUUCUGAACCUGCGAUCGCCAAUGCAACUCAGCGUGAUUUGCUAGACAGACAGUCCCAACUAGAACAACUUCAUCGGAAGAGUGAGGACUUACAUGGUUGUCUUCCUGGAGCCUCGUCUGGUUUUGCAAAUAAAGAAGUGGAUGAAAUAUACGCUCAGGUCCGUUUAAUAGAGGAAGAAAUCGGAGCUGCAAUGAAAAGGAAAGCAGUCGAAAGGGAGCUACACUCGGGUUAUGCUUCUUCUGCUCCAUCUUUUGAGGAUCGAAGUGUAGGACCAGAUACAGUUUCUGUUUCUAGCGCAGGAGGGCCGUCUCUUGCCCUUGAUGUGCAGGAAACAGAUGAUGAAAAAACCAAAUAUGAAGCUUUUCAACUUAAUUCUUCGCCUCCUCCAAAGAUACAAAUUGACAUUGCCGAUACCUUGGCCACUGCUUACAUAGAAAUGGAUAAAAUAGAGGAGUCUAUCUCUGUUGAUGAUCCUUUUCCAUUUGAAAGAUUGUCUGAGAAGGGAGAUAAGUUGAGGAUUUUAAGUAACGCCUUGGAUAAAAUCGAAAGAACGGUCUGUGAUUCAGAGAUGACUAUGGAUAUUAUGGAGUCUGAGGCAGCAAAGGAAAGGAUUGCUUUGCUGCGUUCAUCAUUAUCUGCAAAACAGAAUGAGAUUGGAAAAAUGGUUGAGGCGAGAAACGAGCUUGAUUUGAAUCUGAAAACGAGUGAGGAUCUGUUAAGUAAGAUCAGUGUUGUCCUUUCUGGUUUUGAAGGCCGAAAUAAAUCUCCAGACCUUGAUGAACUGGAGUCCCUCACAGUUUUAUUGAGUGACCGAUUGCAACAGGCAUACGCACAGAUACAACACACAUCUUUGAAAGCCGAGCCAAUUAUCGCCCAGUUGGGGGAUUCCGAAGCAUCAACUAUCGAAGAUAACCUUCGUAAAUUAGGAGAGAAUUGGAAAAGCUGUGAAAUUAAAGUGAAUGAGAAACGUCGUUCUCUUGACGAACGUUUAGCAGAUAGAUCAGACUUGAUUAACGAAAUUGAACUUUUGGAAUUUUGGUACCAUUUGCUUAUUUUCACGUGUGACGAGACUGAAACUGAAUGUUCAUCUACAGAAAAUGUCAUGACUACUGGUGCAGCUACAGAAAUGGAUGCUAGAAUUGCUGAAAGGCUAUCAGAGUAUAAAGAAAAACUAGAAUCACUUCAUAAAAUUGAGACUUUGAAAGAACGGUUUAUCAGUUCGAACUUAGCUGACCCUUCAGUGAAACAGAGGAUGCAGUGCGCAGUGUCAGACUUGGAAAAGCGUGUGAUAAAUUUGAAAGAAGUUAUGGAUAAAAAGAAGGCAACCGUAAUGAGUAUUAUUAAUGAUGCAAAGACAUUCCAAGAUGAUAUUGCAACUGCGCUCAAAUUUUGCAACCGAGCUGAACGAGCUGUACAGAUAGUAGAAGAAACUAACUUGGUUGUUCCGUCUGGUGCUGACCUUGAUUAUGUACGCUCAAGACAGGAACAGAUUGAAGAUUUAGUUAAAAGUAUUGAAAGGCGUUGGAAAAUCGUGGUUUCGAAGGACUCUCCUGUUGACGAGAAUCAGAACGCGGCAGUCGCUGAUCUUUUAGCAAAGUGGGAACAGACAAAAGAGAGGAUAGCUUCGGUUGCUCACGUUCCGACCCUCGCGCAGGAUUCGUCUUUCUCGGAGUCACCUGCGAGAGAAGAAGCUGCCUCGGAAAGUAAGCUUUCUGUCCGAAGCAACACUGAAGAAGUCAAUGAACCAGGUCUUAUUGAAUAUACGUCUCUAAAGGACACUGUAUCUGAAAGAGAAAGUCCAGUGCAUAAGACUGCAUCAGAAAAAGAUCAGCGUCUGCUAAGCACUGUUGUUCAGCUACGACACUGGCUUUCGGAGGCUGAGCGAGAUGCUUCAAUCUCUGUUGACAUAAUAAAUUUGCAGGCAAUCAGGGAUGCAGCUCAUGCUAUUCAGUCUUUUAUCGACCAGUUGAAAAUUAGACACCUCGAACUCCUUCGUAUCUUGAACGAGAGUGGCGAUCAAGUUGUGCGUGAGAAAGCUGAGUUAACAUUGGGAGAUUGGGAUCGGAUUUUGGCAGAGUGUAAACGAAGGAAAGCCGUCUUGAAUGAAAUGCUGAAUGAAAGCCGGGCUUGGGAGAAACUGAAGUGCAUUGUUCAACUUUGGCUAACAGAAUCACAACAAAAGUUGGAUGCGGGAGGUAAGGCUAGUGAGCUGAAUGAAGAAGGUCUGCGUAGUGAAUUGGAAGAAUUAAAAGAAAUGGACCAGAGUUUUAACGAAAUGAAAGAGAAGAUUGCUGAAAUGAAUUCGCGGAGCAACACAUUGUUAGAUACAUACAGAUUUGAUGAAGGGCAUAAUCUUUCACAUGCAACUUCAAGAAUCAAUAAUUUAUGGUCGAAAUUCAACGAUAAUUUGCGCAUUAGACGAGCAGUCUUGGAAGCUGCAUUACGUUCUCGAAGCGAUUUUCAAUCAGCUUUAGUGCAGUUAGAAGAAUGGAUGACCAAGAUGCACUCUAGUUUGGUAAAGCUGGAUGAAUGCACCUGUAAUUUGCAGCUUCUCAAGGACUCCCUCAAGCGGAAAGACUGGAUAGAUGCAGAAAGAUGCUUUCAAUUGGAAAUGGACGCUCAUGAAGACCUCGUAAACUCGGUCGGUGAGAUGGGCUCUCAACUUGUGCGUAGUGCUGAAAAUAAUAGCGAACGAGAAGGUUUGAUUGAAAGAUUGGAGACGGUUAAAGAGAAUUGGAAAAAGAUGAGGAACCUCGAUGACUCCAUUAGACAGCGACUUAUUGAUGCUCAAAAAGAGUGGGAAAGGUUGAUUUCACAACUUUCGGAGAAUUUAUUUUGGGUAGAGUCCAGAACGAAGACCCUUCGAGAUGAGCAACCAGUGGGUAGAACUUUAGCUCGGGUUCAGAAACAAAAUGAAUUAGUCAAGAACCUGGAGCAAGAACUCGAAAAGCGCCAACAUGAGAUUGAUGAUUGCGUAACUCUUGCUCACAGUUAUUUGAUGCAACAUGAUUUGAGGCCAAAAAUUCAUAGUGUUAAUGCUUUUGCCGAAAACACACAAACCUUAGGUACUUAUUCAACUUAUUAUCACUUUCUGGUAACUUUUCAAGGCGAGGAAGAAGCGGAACUGCGGCGAGUUGGUUUACAAAUAAAUGCUGAUUGUGAAGACUUGGUUGAAAAGUGGACAGAAUUAAAAAAGUUUACUCAAGAUUGGUCUCGUGUUCUGGAUGAUGCACAUGGGAAGAUGGAACAGAUGUCUAAUGCGGUUGCCGAGUGUCAAUUGGCUUUGUCAAACUUGGAGGGUACUAUGGAAAAACUUACACCUGUGGAACAAUUACGACUAGAGCAGCUAGUCGGUGCCAUGAAAGAGAGCGAGGUACUUAAGGAAACCUUGGCACGUGCACGAAUUCAUGUAGAUGAUGCAAAUGACUGGUGCGGGCAGCUUUUGGCUUCCAAUAUCGAUCUUGAUCUCGAGCCGACCGCAUUACUCAAGUCCGUCAAUGACAGAUAUGCGAAACUAAAAGUAGACAUCAGAAUCCGCAUUGCAGCGCUUGAACACGCGCUGGCAGAUUUUGGUCCUUGCAGUCAACAUUUCUUAAUGAGUAGUGUACGGCCACCUUGGCAGCGGUCAAUUUCUGCCGUCAGUCACCUACCGUACUACAUAAAUCACGAAACGGAAAUGACUCAGUGGGAUCAUCCAGCCAUGGUGGAAAUCCUUUCGCAGCUUUCAAAGUUUAAUCAGGUGAAAUUUAGCGCAUAUCGUACAGCUAUGAAAAUGCGUGCUAUCCAGAAACGAUUAUGCCUGGAUCUUCUGGGCUUGCAAGAGCUAGAUACGCAGCUAAAGUUCUUGAAUGCAACAAAUAAUGAUCAGCUGUUACCUAUAAAAGAUGCAAUUAUGUGCUUGGUGCCUUUGUUUGAAUCAGCCCACAAUAAAUUCCCUCAUUUGGUGCGCUCCGUCCCAUUAGCAGUUGACCUUUUCUUAAAUUUUGUCCUUGACGUUUUUGACCCUGGUCGGGAUGGCAUUUUACGGACUUUUUCGUUCAAAGUUGUUCUAGUGCUUCUAUGCAGCGCAAAUCUCGAGGACAAGUACAAAUAUCUGUACCAGUUGGUUUCAUCUGGAGAUGGUCUGGAACAGAAAAGUCUGGCUUUGCUGCUGUAUGACGCUAUUCACAUUCCUAAAUUUUUUGGCGAAGCAGCGGCUUUUGGUGGUUCAAAUGUUGAGCCAUCUGUGAGGUCGUGUUUUGAAACUGUUAAGUUUGCUAGAACGAUUGGCAUAGACGAUUUUCUUUUGUGGCUUAAGAAGGAGCCUCAAACAAUUGUUUGGUUGCCAGUAAUGCAUAGAUUGGCAAGUGCUGAAUUUGCAAAACACCAGGCAAAAUGUAAUGUUUGUAAAAUGUACCCCAUUACUGGGUUGCGUUAUCGAUGUUUGAGGUGUUUCAACUUUGACAUAUGCCAGAAUUGUUUCUUCAGUCAGCGCCUUGCAAAGAACCAUAAACUUUCUCACCCAAUGCAAGAAUACUGCGUACCUACCACUUCCGGAGAAGACGUGAGAGACUUUGGUUUGAUUGUGAGGAAUAAAUUCCGUUCAUCAAGUAAAACCCGUGUUGGUUAUCUCCCCGUUCAGACAGUUGAUGAAGGUAUACCUUUGGAAACAAAGAAUAUCAUCCCCACUAAUCCACUUACUGAACACCUCCAUAGCCGAAUGCAAAUAUGCGCUCAACGACUGUGGAGAGCAAACGGGGACACUUCACCUGCACUACCAGAAAACGUCGAAGAUUCUAACAUUAUUGACAUUAAAUCUCCUCUCCAGCUGUUAUCACAAGUUGAGCAAAUGCAUAAAGAAGAAUUACAUCAAGUGCUUCAUAAACUUCAGAAUGAGAACAGAGAACUGAAGAAGGAAAUUGAGCGGAGAAAAAAUUUUGAUGGUGUUGGGUCCACACCAAACCUAACUCACUCAUUCCCUCGGAACACAAACGCCAGUAUAGCAAGUGGUCGUUCGGUACCUUCCCUACCACAUUCCACUGAUGAGCAUCUUAUGCGUGAGGCACGACUUUUACGUCAACAUAAGGAACGCUUGGAAGAACGUAGUCGGAUAUUGGAACAGCAAAACAAACAACUUGAAGUCCAGCUGGAAAGGCUCCGCACGGUGCUGUCAAAACAGCAAAAUGUCGUUUUUGACGACAUCAAGAUGAAUGGUCAAAGUCGAGAUAUGAGUGCCUUUUCUGCUGAUGAAGAUGAAGGGAUCGAGUACGACACGCGGCCAAACCGUAUGCCGUCUUUAAUAGCAUCCGUAGACCAGCUUGGCCGAGCUAUGCAGUCUUUGGUUACCUCAAUGGUUAAUGAAGAUGAGAAAGACGAAGUUACGAAGGAAAAUGGUGAGGUGAGAGAUGCCGAUUAAAG